AUGAAGCAUCCCAUCGUAUUACCAUCCACCAACCAAGUUACUCGAUUACUAUUCAAAUAUGAACAUGUCAGGUUACUGCACGUGGGACCAUUGGCAUUGUUAGCGUAUAUCAAUAAUCAUUAUUGGGUCAUUAGAGGUCGGUGCAUAGCAAGAUCCACUGUAGGUCGCUGUAUUCAAUGUUUCAAAACCAAUCCUAAAUUUGUAUCCCCAUUCAUGGCACCCCUUCCACGUGAGAGAGUGACCAUCGCAAGACCUUUUGCACGAACUGGUGUAGACUAUUGUGGCCCGGUCAUGGUGCGAAGUGGAUUGAGGAAGGUUACUCCUCUGAAAAGUUACGUGUGCGUUUUCAUCUGUUUAGUAACCAGAGCAAUACGUCUCGAGUUAGUGUCGUCAUUGUCAGCAGACAAUUUCAUUAGCACCUUAUCCAGGUUUAUGGCUCGCCUUGGGCAAUGUCAAGAAUUCUUCAGCGAUAACGGGACCAACUUUGUCGGUGCAAACCAAAUCCUGCAAACACAUAUUCAAGAAUGCCAAAAGAGUACCAAAGUAUACAACUUUUUAAGCAGCCGAAGCAUUGACUGGCAUUUCAUACCACCGUCAGCACCUCACUUUGGUGACAUUUAG